GCUGCCGUCCCGGGGCUCUGGGAGCUGCUGCCGGCAAGGAGCCGGAGCGGGGCUGCUCUCCGAGGGAAGGCGAGCGGCCACAGCGCAUCCCGCGGCACCAGAAGCAGGGCAGACACUACGGGCUGCCGAGGACUCUCUCGGAGCGUGAGGCGAGGCGGGGUAGCGGGCCAGGCCCUCCCAGGAGCCGCAACAGCCGGCAUUUGGAUGGAGUCUCAGUAUCUGAAGCAAUGCCUGGGAGAUUGCUUGAAGAAAGGACUGGCAGAGGUUGUAGAGCAUCGGCCAGCAGAUCCAAUAGAGUAUCUUGCACACUGGAUUUACAAAUACAGAAGAAACUUAGAUGAAGAAGAAAAGAGAAUACUGGAGAGAGCUGAGCUGGAAGAAGAACGGGUGGCAGCCCAAGCAGAACUUGAAAGGUUAAAAAUCGAGGAAGAGCAGCGGAAACUGGAAGAGCAACGGCAGGCUGAGUUGGAGAAAGAACUUGCAGAGUUGGAAGCACAGAAAAAGGAAGCUGAAAGGCAGUUGCAGCAGGCAAUAGCUGAAGUUACAGAUGAACCUGAGGAGCCAGAUGAGAGUGAACCUGGUCAAACAGACCUCCCAACAGUAAUAGAAGAAGAAGAAGAAGAGGAAGAAGAAGGAGAAGAAGAAGAAGAAAAUUAGAACUGACCUGAGAGCAGUAAAUAUAUUUUCUACUCAUUACUUGCUAUCCUGAAGUGUAGUAUCUUGAUUUAUGUAUUUUAUAAAUAUAACUGAUUUAUGUAACUGUUUCUCUGGUGUGUGUUUUCAAGGUCUUUGUAUAAAGUCUGUUAUUUCUGAUACCUAUUCUUCCUUUUUGUUCUUAAAGCAUUCUAACUAGCAUGGCUGACUUAUAGGAAGAAAAUUGCAGCUGAAGUGAAAGCAACAAAUAUAUUUUCUACUUGUUGCAUAUUGAAGUAACCAUAAUAAAUAACAAUAUAGCUAAAGUGUCAAUAUGAUUUGAGGAUGGAUGCUACAAUAUGAUAAUUUGAAUCAAUGUUAAAAGAAUAAAAUAUUACUGAAAAUUA